UUAAUCUUUCAAAAAAUAAAAAACAUAACUUUGUCUUGACACUUACUACCAACUUCAAAUAAACCGAUUGGAGGAGUUGUGUGUCAGCUUCUGUGGAUUCCGACUAUACACUUGUCCUUCAUGUAACUGCACACGACCACCGGCCCACAGCACCACCCCCAAGUUUCACAAAACCAGCAGCUGAGUUAUCAAGCUAAAUCCAUCACCAGUGGAUGAAAUUUGGCCUUGCAGAGGAUCAAUCUCUCACUUCAAGAGACCCCUCUCUUGGGUCUUGAUCAGAGCCUCAGUUCGCUCGAGGGCAAGUUGUGCUUAUUAAGAUUUCAAAACCAUGUAUCCAGGAGCUUAUACUGCAGAAGUUACUUGCCUGUCUCCUAAAGCAACAGAGAAGGAUGUUUAUGAUUUUUUCAUUCACUGUGGGAUGAUUGAGCACCUUGAAAUUAUCAGGUCAGGCGAAUGUGCUCGUACUGCCUAUGUGACAUUUAGAGAUUUCUAUGCUCUCGAAACUGCUGUCUUGCUCAGUGGAGCCACAAUUGUAGAUCAACGAGUGUGCAUAUCAGGCUGGGGAAUAUACGCAGAUGAAUCUGAUCCUUGGAGUAAUUCUUCCUGGAACUAUGAAAUUAACUCUAUGGCCACCACCCCCAGAGAAGCAGUAACUGUGGCACAGGAAGUGGUCACAACCAUGAUCGCCAAGGGGUAUGUUUUGGGCAAAGAUGCACUAAUCAAGGCCAAAGCUUUUGAUGAGGCCCAUGGAGUCUCUGCUGCUGCAGCAGCCAAGAUUGCUGAGCUUAGCAAGAGAAUUGGACUAACUGAUAAGAUAUAUGCUGGCGUGGAAGCUGUUCGAUCUGUGGAUGAAAAGUACCAUGUUUCAGAGUUUAGUAAAUCAGCUGCAAAUAAGAUUUAUGGAGGUGUAGAAGCUGCUCGGGCUGUGGAAGAUAGGUACCAGCUUUUGGAGUUCACCAAAUCAGCUGCAGUGGUUACUGGGAAAACAACUGUUGCAGCUGCAAAUGCCUUUGUUAACAGCAGCUACUUUGCCAAGGGAGCUCUUUGGGUUUCAGGCAUUCUCACUCGUGCAGCAAACGCAGCAGCUGAUUUGGGCAAUAAGGGGAACAAAAUGUAAAAUUUUGGAUUGACACUACUUUUUAGUUUGUUCCUCUUUGUUCUUACCGACAAAUAAAUAAACUCUCACUGUAUAGCAACUUAGUUUGGGGGAGUUGUUUGGUAGUAACUCAGAAGUUGCACUGUACUCAGUGCACUUCCUUACAACUUAGCAUCUUUAGAUCAAUGCCACUGUAUCUUAUCCAACCUUAGAAGCUUAUUGCAAAACUCUUAGUGGUUGGUUUUUU